AUGGCACGCGAAGAGAAAAAGGCUUUGAAUCGCCCCUCGUCGCGUAAGCUUGUACGGUGGAAUGAUGAUCUCGAUGAGCUACUUCUCCUUACCAUCCAGUCUAUCUCCAACAAGGAAGGUAUAAGACUCCCUUGGACAGAAAUUGCCAUGUCUAUGGGCAACAAUGUCAGCGAAGGAGCAAUCGUUCAACACCUUGCCAAAUUGCGCGCCCGCCGUGUUGAGAAAAAGAAGCAGGUGCCUCCUCCUUUGCGUCGUGGUGGUGGUUAUACUGGUGCCUCCAAGACAUCAGAAGCUCCUGUGACACCUCAGUCUCCAAAGGAGAAAUCAGACGUGACGGAGCGUCGGGUAAACCAGCGCAGUCAGCCUAAGAUCAAGGUCGAGAAGCGUUCCGCUAGCAAGAUCACAGAUGUAUCUUCAGACAGCGAUGAAGAAUGGACGUCUGAUACUCCCAAGAACAAAAAAUCCAAACAGAAGCGCGCUCCGAAGAAACGCAAGACUACUCCAGUAGACCCUGAGCCUCCAGUCGAUUACGUCGUUAGUGAUGAUGAUGCCACAAAUGAGACUACCGAGUCAUCGCAAAGCGAUGGGAAGGUGGCUGUCGGUGCUGACUUUCUGGAAUUUUUGGGCGACGAUGACGAAGCAGAAGAGGAAGAUCGCGCAGUUACUCCUAGCGAGAACGAAGAUCAAGCCUACACACAACAGUCAUUGGUUGUCAAACUCAAGCUUGGUACUGACAACAUGUGUCGUCUAAAGUACAAGGGCACAGGUGUAUUUCAAGACAGGAACCCUGAACAACGCUGGGAGAUACCUCCACCUGGGCCAAACGGUGAAUCAUGGGGCUUCAGCAGGGACUAUUAUGGACCGAUUCCUCAGUCCGCUCAACAUUCCCAUAAUCCCGGUCUUCUCCGGGGAGAGUGGCCACGCGAAGUCGCCAUGAGACAGUAUGAAGCACCGCAAGCAGUGACAUGGUCACACGAGACCUACCAUCCAGACCCGAGACUUGUGCAUCCUGCCUUGUUCCUGGAGGACCCAAACUGCGAACCCCAGUUGCAGUUUCAUCGCAAGCUGCGCACUGCAGAAGAAAGUGAUCCUGUAGCUCGAGCUCUCGACCAAACAAGCCCAGCGUAUCAAGCGUACGCCACCACACACCGUGAGCUUCCAACAUACCGCGACUCGAGCUGGACAACAACCACAGCACAGCCGGCCCAGCAUCUUUCUCUUCGCGAUUCGGGUUAUGCCAGUGAUUUCGACACUACUCGACCACAUACCGAAAUGAAAUUGGAUACCCGUCAGCUUUUGGAUACCAGGCAACUCCCUGGAACAAGUGAUGAUGAGCUGCCGCCUGGUAAGAUUUUUACUGAUGGCAUGGUUGACGAAACCCUCGUCUCAGAAGCAGCAACUGUAGACUGGUGGCAGCACUAA